UUGGUUGAUGCAAAUGCUUCUCCCCUCUAUCUGUUCUAUAGUUCAAUGCGAUGGUUUGCAAUAAGAAUGAAUUUUCUUUGCGUUUUAAUUAUAUUAAUUGUUUGUUUAUUUGGACUUUUUUUAAAAGAGGAAAUAGCUGCAGCAUUUAUUGCACUUGCUAUUUCACUUACUAUUCAGAUGUGUAGUUUCUAUCAAUAUAUAACAAGAUUAGGUUGUGAUAUUGAAGCUCGUUUUACAUCUGUAAAACGAAUUCAAUCGUACAUUGAACAGUUAGAAUUAGAAUCUCCUGCAAUAGUAGAUAAUUCUCGUCCACCAGUUGAUUGGCCAACAAGAGGACGCAUAAGUUUUCGUGAUGUCACAAUGAGAUACAGACCAGGUCUUCCUUUGGCAUUAAAAGGUGUUACAUUUGAUAUAGAUUCACAAGAUAAAAUUGCAAUUGUUGGAAGAACAGGUGCAGGUAAGUUAAACAAUAACCAUUUUAUACCAUUGCCAUAAACUUUUUCAAAAUACAAUAAGCCCUACUUACUUGCUUGGACUAAUAGUGGUAAACCUUGCUUGAGUUUACAAAAGCCUUGAGUUAUCAGGGUGUUUUCUCAGAUGACAUGGAAAAUGAGAAGGUGGAUAUACAGUGUAGUCAUUUAUUACAAUCAGCUUUGUACAGAAGUUUUACUGAGCUUUAUUAGGUUAUACUGCUAAAUUUAUUAUUACAGAAAAUGAGCUCAAAACAUUUCAUAACUGUAUAUAGCCUUUAGUAAAUUACUGACUAUAGUAAUAUAGUGCACUGUACUACAAAGACUUCCAGAUUUUGAAAACACUUGUUAACUAUAAUUUCACUAUAAUUAUAAUUUUUCUGGGGGGCACUUCCGACGUUCGUCAGUGUUGGUGAGUUUUUGAGAGAGCUGUUUUUGUUGAAUUAUAGCACUUUGGAUAUGCUUGCUUUUACAAAGUGUUUGAUUCUUUAUCUUGGUUUCAUCAAAGAAUUUGAUAUAUAUUUAUUAUUACGUGCUUUAUUGGUAAUUGGAGGUAUUGAAUCUAAUCCUGGACCGAUGUCUCGUACUCCACCUUCCUCCCCUAUUUCAAAGUCGUCCAUAUCAGUUGUUGGAAAACGUCAAAGAUCUCCUAGUGAACCGACUUUGAAAUCUCAGCGAUUGGAAAAUUUUUUUCCUCCUUUGGGUUCUUCAAAUGUACCCCAAAAUUUAUUUUCCUUUUUAGAGGAAAAAUUUGAUACCAUUUUGACUAAACUUGAAGAUUUAUCUACUAAAUUCGAAUGGCUGGCAAAUUUGCAUAAAGAUUUUGAACAACGUCUUCUCAAUGUAGAGAAGAAGGUGGAGGAAAUUUCUAAUUUAAAUACCUCAUUUACUGCUUCGACCUCCUAUUUCUUAUAUCUUUUAGAUUCAUCGAUAAAUGAAUGUCAGAGAAAUAAUAUUGUUAUUGCUGGUUUAGAGGGAAACUCGUCUGAAAUCUUGUCCUUGGCUUCUGAUAUUUUGUCAUCUAUUAAAAGACCUAGUGGUGACUCAAUUUUGAUAAAAGAUCUUAAAAUAAUCUCAAAAAAUAAAUUGGUGGUGGCUAAACUUGAUAUUGUCUCCGAUAAAAAACUCAUUUACCGGAAUGUUCAUAAUAUUCAGAAGAGGGAAGGAUGCUCUAGGGUAAAGUUUUUCGAUGAUUUAUAUUGGAGAUCAAGACUUAGGAGGAAAAGUCUUUUUUCUUUCUAUCAAGAGGCUAAGAAGACUGGAAAAGAUGCGUAUAUGAGAGCUGAUUGUCUAACAGUAAACGGAGAAAACUUUACGUUUGAUUUAAUAAGCAAUAAGCUAAUGAAAAUUGAACCUUUUUUAUUACCAGGGAAGACGGAUCGACGAAUGGACGAGAAUUAAAAAUUUCAACUGUUACUCCUCAUUCAGAGGUUUCUUAUACGCUAAAGGUAUUGUCAUGGAAUAGUCAAGGUUCAUUGUUUGAUAACUUUUC